AUGAGCAAGAUAUUCAUCACUGGUGCGACUGGGUACAUUGGCGGCGACUCCCUCGCCGCAUUGUUUGCCAAGUACCCUGAAUUCUCCUACUCGGCUCUUAUCCGCAGUGCGGAAAAAGCCGAUCAAGUCAAGGCCCAGUAUCCCUCUGUUCGCACAGUUAUCGGAGAUCUCGACGAUUCAAGCUUGCUGGAGAGAGAAAGUGCGGCAGCAGAUAUUGUGUUGCAUACCGCCGAUGCUUCCGAUCAUGUAGGAGCGGCCAAAGCAAUCAUUGCUGGUUUAGUCUCUGGUCACAGCAAGGAAAAGCCCGGCUUCUUGCUUCACACGGGCGGAACUGGCAUCCUCACAUGGGAAGACAGCGACAAGAAUGAAUUCGGAAACAAGAGCGAGCACAUUUACAAUGAUUGGGAGGGAGUGGACGAGUUGCUGAAUCUGCCCGACCACGCUUUCCAUCGGAAUGUCGACCAGCUAAUAUUGGAGGCUGGGACCAAGCAUGCCGAUGUGCUUAAGACAGCACUGGUUUGCCCGCCAACAAUCUACGGUCAAGGCCGGGGACCCGUUUCUCAGCGCGGACGACAGGUCUACGAACUCGCAAACGUAACAAUUCGUCUAAAGAAGGGACCAAUCAUUGGCGCCGGUCGGUCAAUUUGGAACAACGUGCACGUACACGACCUUAGUGACAUGUAUGUGCUACUCGUGGAAGCUUCAAUCGCUGGCCGAACUGAUCCUGGGCUUUGGGGGGCGGAUGCUUACUACCUUACCGAGAAUGGGGAGCAUUACUGGGGCGAGCUGGCUGCCGCUACCGCAGAGGCGGCUGCAAAGUUGGGAUAUAUUCCAGAGGCCAAGGCCGAGUCAAUUGAUUUGGAAAGCGCCAAAAAGUAUGCAGGGUUUGAAUCUCUGAGCUGGGGUAUGAACUCUCGUGGCCAGGCGCGACGAGCACGCCACGUCCUAGGAUGGAAGCCCUCACGACCAAGUAUCGAAGAAGAGCUUCCCGCGAUUCUUCGAUCGGAAUGGCAGCGUGUUCAAGAUUCUACCUGA